UGUCAAAAAAUAGCAAACAUCACUGUCAAUUACCAGGCCUAGAACUUGUCAUUCCGCUGUUUGUUGUGACAGGAAAAAAGGAGCGAGAUUUUAGUUUGUUUUAUGGAAAUAAACGGAUAUAUAAAAUACAGUAAAAGUGAAAAUGAGUGGAAAUAAGGGAAACUUGAAUGAAAGAGAUAUUGAAGAUUAUCUUAGUAAGUUACAAGGCGGUUGGCUCUCAGAAGAUGACCUCGAUGACCAAGAUUCCGAUGAUGAAAACCGCGAUUCUGUUGAAGUUAUAAGAGUGUUGCAGGAGGAGAACGACGAUGAUGAUGAUGGGGAUGAUGUGGAUGAAACUGCUGACAUUGAUCCUCCUCUUGUAGAAGCAGAAGAUCAAGAACCCUCUCACCCAUCAACUUUAUCUAAUUUGCAGUCUUCAUCCAGUUUUUCAUUUGACAAAAGAAGCUUGAUUUGGAAAAAAAGGAAUCUGGUGUAUGACACAGAUAAAAUUACUUUCUUGGGGAGUUCUACUGCUUCAGGUGGUCUAUCACACCUAGCUUUUUGGGCAGAAAUCAUAUAACAAUAAGGUUUAAAAAGUGGUACUUGCGUAUAUUUUAUCAUUUAUUUGAUCUAGCUAUUAUAAACUCUUGGAUUGCUGAUGAUUAAAAAAAAUGCUCAAGAAAGAGGUGAACCCAAAAAGAGUCUACUUACAAUGGGCCAAUUCAGAAAUGAAUUGGCCUUUGUGCUAUGCAACAGAGGACCCACCAAAGACGCUAAAAGAGGUCGUCCUAGUACCAGUUCACUAGAAGAGGAAUUACUAUCAAAAAAAAGAAAAGGUUCUCCAGCACCACCACCUCCAAAAGACAUAAGAAAAGAUGGUGCUGAACAUUGGCCAACAGUAGGUGGGUCACUCCGGUGCAAAUUUCCCAAAUGUAAAGGCUAUUCCACAAUUUCAUGUAGUAAAUGUGGCGUCAA